AUGUUAAUUGCACUGAAACCAACUAAACAAACACUACUUAGUGCGCUUUAUUAUGCUGCUCUUAUCAAAGAGGCUGGCUUUCCAUCAGAUGGUGUCAACAUCAUACCAGGUGAUGGGCCUGAAUGUGGUUAUGCAAUUGCUGUUCAUGCACAUAUUGAUAAAGCAGCUUGUACUAGUUCAGUUGAAAUUGGAAAGAAAAUACAAGAAGCAGCAACUAAAUCAAAUCUUAAAUGUGUUACAUUUGAACUUGAAUCAGAUUACAAGUUUGGAGAUAAAUUAGAAUGUGGUGGUGAACGAAUUGAUAAUAAAGAUUAUUUUAUCAAAGCAACUAUUUUUAGUGAUGUAAAAGAUGAUAUGCAAAUUGCUCAUGAAGAGAGUGAUCCUGAUAAAGCAAUUGAAGCUGCUGAAAAAGGUUUCCAAUAUGAUUCACCAUGGCGUAAGUCUGAUCCUGCUGCACGUGCUCAGUUAAUUUGUAAACUUGCUGAUUUACUUCUACAUGUUGUGGGUUAUUUAGCAAAAUUAGAAACACUGAGUAGUGAAAAACUGCUACAAGAGAGUUAUUGCGAGAUUCUUGGAGCAGCUGUUUGUCUUGAUUAUUAUGCUGGAUGGGCUGAUAAAAUCACUGGUGAAACACUUUCAUCAGAAUCAGGUAUUUUUAUUACCUAUAUUAAACAUGAAUCAGUUGGGAUCUAUGAACAAAUCAUUUUAUGGAUUAGUAUAUUGGUCGAAUUAACUCGUCUUGAAGGUACAAAACAUGAUAAUCUCAUAUCUUUACAAAUGCUUGAUGUUGCUGCAAUUCUUCUUGAAAAUGAUUAUGUUUUUAUUCAUGAUUCAAAUUCUACAACUGUCCCCGAAGUUUUAUAUGCUGCUGCAUGGAUUUGUGGUGAAUUUUGUUCUUAUUUAAAAGAGCCACAAAAAAUUCUUGAAUCAAUGCUUAAUACAAGAAUAACUCUAUUUCCUGAACAUAUUCAAUCUGUUUACUAUCAAAAUAUUUUGAAAAUUAUUAUAUAUUUAAUUCAAUCAUCGAAUAAUGAUGAAACAUUAAUUCAACAACUUCUUUCAUUAACGAUUGAUAAAAUGUCUUAA